CAUCUCUUGAGGUCGCCUUUCUCUCGUCCGGGUUCACCGUGAAUUACCUUUUCCAUAUAUCUUUACGGAUUUCGAAACUUUACGAAUUGACUUGAUUAACAAAAUGGGUGGUGCUCCUGGUGGAAAAACUUAUUUAGGCUGGUGGGGUCACCUCGGUGGUCCUAAGCAAAAAGGUAUUAUUACCUAUACCUUGUCCCCCUUUCAACAAAGACCUAUGGCUGGAUUCUUGAAGACCUCUUUCCAAAACACUUUCCGUCGUGUUCUUGGUGAAAGUCUCUACGUGGCUAUUCCGUUCGGUAUUGCUUAUUACAUCUAUUGUUGGGGCAAGGAACGCAACGAAUUUUUAAACUCGAAAUGGGGCCGACACUUGGUCCAAGAGGAGUAAUUGCUUCCAUGACAAUGAAGCUUCUCUAGGAAGAAAGAAUUUUGCAAACAAUUCCAAUUCUUUCAUUUUCUCUUUGUCUCUUCUUUACUCUUCCCCCUCUCGUCUUUUCAUAGCUGAAUUCAUUCACUUUUUUAACUGAUUGCUAUCAUCGCAGUAAUACCUUAAUGGUAAAAAAAUGAAAUUCUAUUCAAUUUAAAACUUAAGGUCUGUUCCUUUUAAGUAAAAUCUCUUUCAUUCAUCU